AUGGCUCUGAAUGACUGUUUGCUUCUGAACUUGGAAGUGGACCGUUUCGUGCACUGCAACAUUUCUAAUCAUAGUGUGGAGCUCCCCAUGAAUGACGACUGGUUCCACCCAGGGAUCCUCUAUGUCAUCCCUGCAGUUUAUGGAGUCAUCAUUCUGAUAGGCCUCGUUGGCAACAUCACCCUGAUCAAGAUCUUCUGUACUGUGAAGUCCAUGCGAAACGUGCCGAACCUGUUUAUCUCCAGCCUGGCUUUGGGAGACCUGCUCCUCCUGGUAACCUGUGCGCCCGUGGAUGCCAGCAGGUACCUGGCUGACAAAUGGCUGUUUGGCAGGAUUGGCUGCAAACUGAUCCCCUUUAUCCAGCUUACCUCGGUAGGGGUGUCUGUCUUCACACUCACGGCUCUCUCGGCAGACAGGUACAAAGCCAUCGUGCGGCCGAUGGAUAUCCAGGCCUCCCAUGCCCUGCUGAAAAUCUGCCUCAAAGCCGCACUGAUCUGGAUCGUCUCCAUGCUGCUGGCCAUCCCAGAGGCCGUGUUUUCUGACCUACAUCCUUUCCAUGAGGAAAGCACCAACCAGACCUUCAUUAGCUGUGCCCCGUACCCACACUCUAAUGAGCUGCACCCCAAAAUCCACUCCAUGGCUUCCUUCCUGGUCUUCUACAUCAUCCCGCUGUCGAUCAUCUCUGUUUACUACUAUUUCAUCGCCAGAAAUCUGAUCCAGAGCGCCUACAAUCUCCCCGUGGAAGGGAAUAUACAUGUCAAGAAGCAGAUCGAAUCCCGGAAGCGCCUGGCCAAGACGGUGCUGGUGUUCGUGGGUCUCUUCGCCUUCUGCUGGCUCCCCAACCACGUCAUCUACCUCUACCGCUCCUACCACUACUCCGAGGUGGACACCUCCCUGCUCCACUUCAUCACCAGCAUCUGCGCCCGCCUUCUGGCCUUCACCAACUCCUGCGUGAACCCUUUUGCCCUCUACCUGCUGAGCAAGAGCUUUCGGAAGCAGUUCAACACCCAGCUCCUCUGUUGCCGGUCUGGCCUGAUGAGCCGGUCUCACAGCGCCGGCAGAAGUACCAGCUGCAUGACCUCCUUCAAGAGCACCAACCCCUCCGCCGCCACCUUCAGCCUCAUCAAUGGAAACAUCUGUCACGAGGGGUACGUCUAG